AUGUCUGGGGAUGCCCGCAAGGCGCUCGAUGUCUUGCAGGUAACUGCGCCCAAGUUCAUGCACGUGGAGAGCGGUGGCGCAGUGAUUAUUCUCGCCACGCCACGAACCUGCCGAACCGUUUGGUUUUCUUCUGACUGCCCACCUCUUCUGCUUGAACGGCGAGCUGUGGAAAAACUUGGAGGCGAAAUCAGGAAGCAAACGGUGCUGAGCCCCAAUGGAGAAGGCCCUGCGCUCACGACGACGGUGCCCCGCAGGGUGACCCUCCCGCAGAUCUCCGCCGUGCUCUCGGAGGUUUACGGGAGCCCCAUGGCGUCACGCGCCGGGGACCAUGGCGGCAGCUUUCCCCUGCAGCAGAAGCUGCUCGUCAUCACGCUGCUGAUGCUGGUGCGCAGUGGCAAGGUCAGGGAGUUCACCUUUGGCAAGAUCCACGAGACGUACACCGGAGUCUGCCAGAGGCACCAGAUGGCGCGGUUGCACCAGUCGGAGUGCCUGGCGCUGUGCAGUCUGCUGGAGGCCCGAGGAAUCCUGACCAUCAAGAACUCCAAGGAGGCUCGCCUCAUGAAGGUGUCGUUGAAGAUCGACCAGAGCGACGUGGAGCACGCUCUCCAGGACAAGGUUCUCCUCUCGAGCAUCCUGCAGGCCGGGAUCCCCAAGUAGGGAGCUGCCACCUUCUCCACCUCCUCCACCUCCUCCACCUCCUCCACGCCCUUUGCUGCUGCCGCUGUCUCAAAGCGAGCCUCAACGACGACAGCCGGGGGUCCGUGUCGACGAUCGACCCUUCCACCGACGAGGUUGUUUCGUUGGCGAAACUUCAGUCGGCUGACUUUUUUUAAAGCCCCUUUUUGAAAGGCAAUUUUAUCGCAUAUAGCGGCCGGGCAAAGGUGAGGACGCCGCGUCGUUUGGGAGCCAUCUCCGUGCCAGCUUGUCGAGUUUGAUCUUAUUGACAAGUUGCUUUGUGAAUUGAGUACGAUUCACGUUGGGCUCAAAGCUGAGCAGCAAUUCUCAAACCUAUGAAGUUAACUGACAAUCCACGAGGCCCAUAUUGCUAUGACGUUGUUGGCUUGUUCCAAACUCUUUUAAAGGAAACACCGUUGAUCAUUGUUCUUAUUGUGACUUGCAGCUUGCUGGUUGUUUUACCAGUGUGGAAUGGUGAAUAAUGUAUCUUUUCCAAACGCAACAUGAAAUGCACACAUCACCGCCGUGCCAAGUGGCACUGGGUUCGAAGCGUUCAACUCAACCUUUGGAAGGUGUCCAGAUUAAUUAGUAGUUCAGGGUUGGCUUAACCAAUCGUCUCCCGAGUCUGUUAAAUGAGCACCACUGGGAAGUCAACAGUGGUCAUCCACUAAAACAGCGUUCUGCACUAAUGUUCAGAGCGGGGGCCACUUUCACCGAUAAGACAUCAGUGUGUGUGUGUGAAGGCCGCCACACGUUGAAAUCCUUUGGGGUUUGACAGCAGCACGAUGAUGGGGGGGGGGGGGGGUAUUUUCACUAUUUAUUUUCUGGGGGCCGCACUAAAGGCCACCAGGGUGCGCCAUUGUCCCUGCGGGCCUUGCAAUCAAGAACACUGCUCGACAAAGACUUGCUCUCCCAUCAAGAACAUCUCAUCACUGGCUUAGAAGCCAUCGAGAUGAGAACUGCUCAAUCUUAAGCCGAAAUACAUUUCCAUGUGUGAUGAAACUCCUGCCGUGACUUGUGAAAGUAUAAUGAAACUCGUCGCUGCGGUGUGGCAGCGUCGGAUGUGUACACGUGAAGUGUUUUGAGGAUACUUUUUUGCUGAAAAUAAUCAACUUUUUUCAAUGCCCAGCACACACUUCCCCAUUCAUGUUUGUAAAAUAUGGAGACGUUCAAUUUUGAUUGAGAUUUUAUUGAAUAACAUCAUGGCUAUUUUACAGCCUCUUUGUAUUAUCCGAAUCAUUGUUUGGUAUUAUUAACCUGUUGGCAUGAAACUUAAUUGUGUAAUUUUAGUGUUAUCUGUGGUUUUAUUUUGAAAAAAAGUCCCUAAAAUCCAAUUGCUACGUAUUGUGGUGUGGAUGACUUAAAUUUUACGUGAAAACUUCUGAAUGCCAAACUAAAAUGGGGUAUGCUUAUGAUCGAAAUGCAUAUUAUGUUUUACUAAUUCAAUAGUGUAUCAGUUAAGUGAGCUUUAUGGCCAUGCGAGGUGGUGUGUGUGUGCAUUAUGAUGUUCAACAGUUUGCAAUAACAGUGUUAAUAUUUUAAAUAAAUGCUUUU